CGUGCCAUGCCGGGGGGAAAGGCUCUGAGCGCCUGGGGGCUGCUGGCCAGCCUGGCCGUGGCCAGCUGGGGGGUCCGAGGGCAGAUAUUCGUGAAGGAAUUCAGCGGGAAGGUGUUCCUGGAGUGUGUGAGAAGCCAAGACAAGAACAUCACGUGGUGGAGAGAUGGGAGCACUGUUGGGCACGAGGCACAGCUGGACCUGAGCGGGGUUUAUGAUGACCCCAGGGGCCUCUACAUGUGCGAGACAGGAGAAAAGUGGAGCAGCCUCCAGGUGCACUACCGCAUGUGCCAGAACUGCAUCGAGGUGGACGCUCCCACCAUCUCGGGCAUCGUCGUCGCCGACGUGGUGGCCACGCUGUUCCUGGCAGUGGCCGUGUACUGCAUCAGUGGCCACAACAGGGGACACACCUCGCGAGCCUCUGACAAGCAGAACCUGAUCUCCAACGAGCUCUACCAGCCCCUGGGAGAGCGAGAGGAGGAGCAGUACAGCCGGCUGGCUCCCGCCCGUGCCCGCAAGUGAGGAGGAAGACUCUGGGACUGCCUUCAUCAGCAUGCUGCCUUUGCUUGGGGGUCCCUCCAGGGUGGGCUGCCUGC